AUGUCCCCAGCCCAGAGGUGGAGUCACAAGGAAGGAAAGGGGGUGGAAAUCUUGACACGGGGUUUUCAGAGGAUGCUGCUGAUUUCUGAACCAGAACAGACGUUGAAAAGUCCUCCUGAGCCUAAAAAACGAAGACUCAUUGCUUCAACCCUUGCAAUAGACAUCCUGGGUGACCUUCACCUCAAACCUCAGAGGAUUUCGAGAUACCACGGAACAUUCUGUGCCUUGUUUAUUUCCCAUCAGUUGGUGGAGAAAUUGAACCAAUGCACUGGUGACAGUGGGAACAGGGAAACUUACACAGAGUUUCUCUGGCCACUUCCCCAUCUGAGUGAUCACACACCCAGCGCUACAGCGGAGGCGGGGCUCCCUGUGAGGAGGGAAAAGGUGUGUUCACAGCCACCCAGUUGGAGGAGUGACACAAGCCUGAUUGGGAAAUCCCUGGACAAUGAGAAUAUAAAUUCCUGCCAGACUGCUGAGCUCCCACUGAAGGUGAAAUGCCUGGCAGCCAUCCCAGGAGACAAGCACCAGGCAAACGAUGCAGAGCUGCAGCUCGAUGUCAGAGGUGAGAUGCUGGGGCAUUCCUCCCGGCAGCCCAUCCUGCACCCCCUCCCCCCCUGCUCACCCUUCUCUGAGCUCUCCCUCCCCAAGAGAGCGGGGGUGCCUCUUCCCAGCUCGAAAAGGGGGGCUCCUCCUACAGGCACGGAGACAUUCAGAACUGCAUCUGUGCCAGGAACAGAGAAAAAGUCAGACUCCUUCAAGGAUAUGGGGAGGAGGUAUGGGCUGUGGGGUGCUGGACCUGGGGUCUCCACCUCUUGUGUCCUCCAGAAGUUCCCGGGAGUGAUAUUCACCUGGUCCAUGUUGAUGAUGUGUGUCUCUGUCUUCACCAUCCAGCCUGAGGAACACAUGGUGGCUGUAGGAAGCUGCCAAUUUCAUGGCAGGCAUCCCAAAACCAGGUUCAAGGUAGAAGGGGAGGCUGUGGCCAUGAGGUGCCCCCAGGUGCCAUACUGGGACUCUGCUAGCAUCCACCUCAAUGUGACAUGGCGUAGAAACGACUCCACCACGAUGGUCCCAGGGGAGGAAGAGAUGCGUGUGUGGGUCCAGGACGGCAGCCUCUGGAUUGUGCCAGCCUUGCGGGGGGACUCUGGCACCUACAUCUGCACUGUCAGAAAUGCCUCUUACUGUGACGAAAUGUCUGUUGAGCUCAGGGUUUUUGAGAAGACAGAAGCUUCCCUGCCUCUCAUCUUCUACCCGCAAAUUGUAACCUUGUCAGCCUCUGGGUUAUUGGUUUGUCCUGAUCUGAGUGAAUUCAUCGGGAACAAAACUGAUGUGAAGAUUCGAUGGUACAAGGAUUCUGCCCCUUUGGAUCAAGACAACGAGAAAUUUCUAAGUGUGAGGGGAACUCGCUUACUGGUAAACAAUGUGUCUCUGGAGGAUGCGGGCUAUUAUCGGUGUGCCAUGACGUUUGCCCACAGAGGCAGGCAAUACAACAUCACCAGGAAUAUCAAACUCCGUGUUAAGAAAAGAGAAGAGGAGACGAUUCCCGUGAUCAUCUCCCCCCACCAGACCAUCUCAGCUUCACUGGGGUCGAGACUGACAAUCCCGUGUAAGGUGUUUCUGGGAGCUGGCAUACACGCGACCACCUUGCUGUGGUGGACUGCCAACAACACAUACGUAGAGGAUGCCUACCAGGGGGGCCGCGUGACCAAGGGGCAGCGCCAGGAAUACUCAGAAAAUAAUGAGAAUUAUAUUGAAGUGCCACUGAUUUUUGAUCCAGUCAUAAGAGAGGAUUUGCACACGGAUUUUACAUGUGUUGUCCGUAAUACGAUGAGUUUCCAGAUGCUUCGUACUACAGUCAAAGAAGCUGCCACGUUCUCCUGGGAGAUUACACUGGCCCCCUUUUCCCUCAUCUUCUUGGUUUUGGGGGGAAUGUGGAUGCACAGACGGUGUAAACGCAGAACUGGAAAAGCCUAUGGUUGGAUGGAGUUAAAGACCAGCCAUCAGAUUCUCAAUCCUAUCCGAGUAAAAUAA